AUGGCUACCGGUGACGCCAUACUCGCUAAAUCUCGCGACUAUGCGAGACGUUUAGAAAUUAAUGACUUCAGAGGAACAAACGGUUGGUUAUCUAAGUUUAAGAAACGUUAUGGACUGAGACAAAUGGUAAAGCGUGGGGAAGCUGGUAGUGUGCCGUGUGAGAAUUAUUUGGAGACUGAGAGAGAAAAACUUCAUAUAAUGAACGAGCUGAAAAAUAUGAACAACGAUUAUUUCAGACAUUUUACCAACAUCUGCCAAUCAUCUUAUCCGGAGGCUUUUAAUUUUGAUGACGCCAAUCCUCCAAUUCACCAAUCUCAUACUCAAGAUUUCCUUCCUUCUACCUCCCUUUCUCCCUCCGGUAAUGUUGAUGUGAUAUCUAUGAAUACUAUGGACUAUAGAAAUACCGGAGAUUAUAUGGGCGAUUAUGCAUUAUAUCAAGGCAAUCCCUCAGUUUCUCAUUUCCAUCCGGGUAAUACCGACACAAUGGAUGGACAGUUGAAUACACCGAAUCACGAUCAAGCCGAAACCCAUGAAAACAGCUCUUGUCCGUUACCAGUACCUUUUCAAACAGUUUGUGGCUCUUCCGACCCUUAUUCCGAUACCAUGAACGACGGUCCGACAGAUAAUAUUCAACAUCUCAAUAUGGCCAACAAUUCAUCCAUCUCGUACAUUCUUGAGCCCACAAACUCCGGAUAUGUUUUUAUGAAA